AUCCUUCAUUUGGAACUCAUCACAACCCAUACUCACUAGUAGUAGCUCACAAUGGCAGGCACCAAGCUAAUAGCGCUGGGUUUUGUUGUCCUCAUGAGCAUGGGGUUAGCCAAUGCCGUGAGGGUGGCUAGAUACUCUAGUGCUGAUGGAACAGGCACAGGAGGAGGAGGGGGUGGCGGAUAUGUGAAUGGUGCGGGAUCAGGAUCUGGAUCCGGCACCGGCGAAGGUGAGAGCAGUUCAAGUGGUGUCCACGCAACUGCUGGAGGGGGUGGCGGAGGUGGUGGAACUAGCCAAUACGGUGGGUCUGGUUAUGGUGGAGGGUCCGGGUCAGGUUCAGGAUCUGGUACAUAUAACCAAGGAACCUAUUCUGGUUAUGGAGAAUCUUCCAAUGCUGGUGGUACGGGUGGUGGUGGAGGAGGAGGACAAGCAGGAGGUUCUUGGGGAUCUAGUGCACAGGGGUCUGGUAGUGGCACUGGAUCUGGCUCUAGCUACUCUAACCGGUAUUGGUACGGACCUAGUUAUGCAGGUGCAAAUGCUAAUGGCAAUGGUGGUGGCACCGGGAGCAGUCAAAAUGGUGGGGGAGGUGGUGGUCAAGGUUCUGGAUCCGGGUACGGCAAUGCCAACCCCUGAUUACUGCAUCAACUCCAUCUGAAGUUGGAGCCCAUCAUCCUUUCUUGUUUGAAGUCGUGAGAUUGUUUCGGUUUCUUUGUACUUGUGUUAUGCUUUUGUUAGAAUGAAAUUAAUAAAGGGCCCAACGUUUCUAGUAAAUGCAGCCUACUUUAAGGUGCAGCUUAUGAGAUGGUGUAAACAUGUCAGUUUAAUGAUAAAAUUAAUACUUCUGUCA